AUGGGAGAAGCGAAAUGCCUCAUUGCCAUUGAAAGCAAUCUCAAGCUAAGCCAAACCUUUCAAGCUGGACGGACUGCAGUUCACAGGUUCCUGAUACAUAAAGUGGCUGAGUAUGAUUUUCCUGAUGUUUUCUCUUUUUCAAUUGGUGCUGAAGAGUCUCGCAGGCUUGUUGUUGCCUUUGAGAGUACAGUCUUGAGACAACUGAGAAAAUCGGAUUUGCAGUCCUCAGAAUUGUUACAAGGAUUGAGAGAGAAGCUGGCUGAUAAAUUGGGUUCACAGGAUAAGGCAGAUGAUAGGGAGAGGAAAGGGAGGAAUGCCUGUGGCAUAUAUCGUCCCCCCAGAGCCAGGUUAUCACAAAAACAGAGCCCAUCUCCUUCAAACAGCACUGAAGACAAGAGAGAAGAUUUUGUUGGAAUGGAAAAGCUUGAAAAACCACACAGGAAGAAGCGGCCAGACAUUCAGGUAUAUGUUCCAAGGGCAAGAAGAUUGCAAGAAGCUCAGAAAAAUGAAGUAUCACCUGAGUGUAAGCCCCUGCAAAAAGAAACUAACAUUGAUAGCAGUGUGAAACAAAUUGAUAUUGAUCAGUUUCAAACAGAUGCCAACAGUGACCUUAUCCGUGAAAACAAGAGAGAGACAAAGUCUUUGAAAGUGCGAAGAAGGAAGUCUCCUGGAGAAAGCUCAUCUCCUUUGAGGCUUAAGUCACCUAGAACACCAAUGAGAAGGAACAAAGAAGUACAAUUUGGAUCUUGUGAUGUGGGAGACAAUGAUGGUGCAUGUAACAAGUCUUCUGAACAGAAUGUGAAAUCAGAAACUACUGUUGUAAAACAGGAACCAUGUGCACAAGCAAGGGAUUCCUCUUUGCUUGUGGAUCAGAGAGACUCUACCUGCUCCUCUGAGAAGAUGCAGGCUGAUGACAAAGAUGUGCCUUUGUUGGAACUUGAGUCAAAAUCAGAACUGGAUUGUGGUAGUGAAGAAAGGACUGUUUGCAAUGGAUCAGACCACUUUAUUGCUACUCCUGUGAUGGAUAUUGAUAUGGCUGAUAACAGACAGCAGAUGGAAGUCCCUACUGAUGAGUGCAAUCUUUUUGAGAAACAACAACCUGUAUCAGCUGUAGAUGAUGAAGCAGGUUCUAUUCCUAAACCCAGGCUUCAUCCCCCCAGUCCAAAGGAAGAGAAAAGGGAAAAGCCAGAAGACUCGGAGAAUGAGGAUCCAGACUCUUGGGAGAAACUUUUUGAUGACUCUGGAGACUGCUUGAACCCUGCCUUGCUUGAACAGCUCACCCUUGCAGUUGGAGAUGUAGAAAUUGACGCACCAAAAUUUGACUACUACGAGUAUGAAGCCAAGGACCCAACAUUCCUGGAGGAUGACCUGAGCCAUGUUCUUGAAAUUUAUCAGUUUCCUGCUGAAUUUCGAACAGAAGAUCUGAUCUCUGCUUUCUCCAGCCUCAAUAAUCAAGGCUUUAAUGUGAAGUGGGUUGAUGACACCCAUGCUUUGGGGAUUUUUGACAACCCUGUUAAAGCAACAGAGGCCUUAGCAGUCCAGCAUCCCCUGAUGAAAGUUCGUCCCUUGUCCAAAGCUACUCAGGCUGCAAAAAACAAAGCCAAGAAAUUGGCACCAUUCUUGCAACCCAUGAAACCCCGUCCACAAACUUCUGCUGCCUUAGCUAGACGCCUUGUUGGAGGGGCCCUGGGAGUCCGUAUUCCAGUACCAAAGCAACUUCAAGACCAGGAAAGAAAACAGCUCAUUGAAGCCAAAGAGAGGAAGAAACAGGCUGCAAGACAGCGGGAAGAUGCAUGGGAGGGAAGGGUAUAACUGCAUGACAUAUACCUGCAAUAUCAGGAAGUAGGACUCUGACCUCAUUUAAAAUGUUGCACUUGUUUCCAAAUGUGGUAUUUUGGUGAUUUAAUAUAUUAUAAAUAAUGACAAGAUCUCUGGGUAGGGAACAUGUGAUAAAUUGAAGAGAACCUGCUAGCUUUCAUGUCCUGUUCCCUCCUUUAAUGGGUUUAACACAAAGUUUAUCUGUCCAAACAAGAGCUUGGGGAAACCAUCACUGCUCCUGAAGACUUGGAAAUUAUUUUCACAUAUCGAGUGGACUAGGACAGGAAAUGCUCAGCGGGAUGUCAGCAAAAGUAGUUUCUUUGGGUGAAUUUAUUUUGUAUUAAUAUUUUUUGCAUUUCAUCAUGGUGAGGUCACUUGGAUUUUUAAUGCUCAUACCAAUCAUGUUGAUGUCGAUUUAAACAGACAGAAAUCUCGUUUGGGCAGAUAAACAAUGCAGGUAUAUGAUUUGUUAUUGACAGACAUGGAAGUUGUGUGAAAAUACAGGUUUUUAUUUUGAAA